CUACAUGGCUUGUAAUGCAAACAGAAAAAAAAAAAAAAAUAUAUAUAUUGUAACAUAUUUUAUUAGGGACUUUAUAAAUUGUAAUUGUUAACAGAACUCAUGUUCAUGUUUUGUUCUUUUAUUAUUUUUUGAACAGUGUGAAAAGAUGCAUUUAUAUGUAAUAU